AUGUUGGAUAGGUCGGGACGAGGAUGGUGUACCACGAAAUUACAAGUGGGCUGCCCCCAGGCACGAUCACCGGAGCCGCAUACCAUCUCCGAACAGGAGUAG